CGCCGCAGCCCGCUCUUGGCCCCGCCCACGAGGCCGCUCCUCCGAGAACCUGCGGGCCCGCCGAGCGAGCGGCUCGCGGCGCGUCCUGAGGGCCGCGCCGGACCCUGGGAUCCGCGGGAGAUUCGGGUGGCCCUGCACGGCACGAGGUUCUCGCCUGCCUCUGAGAUGAUGGGACUGGGGAAUGGGCGCCGCAGCAUGAAGUCGCCACCCCUGGUGCUGGCUGCCCUGGUGGCCUGUAUCAUCGUCCUUGGCUUCAACUACUGGAUCGCAAGCUCCCGGAGCGUGGACCUCCAGACCCGAAUCAUGGAGCUAGAAGGCAGAGUCCGAAGGGCGGCUGCAGAGAGGGGCGCUGUAGAGCUGAAGAAAAAUGAGUUCCAAGGAGAGCUGGAGAAGCAACGGGAGCAGCUCGACAAAAUCCAGUCCAGCCACAACUUUCAGAUGGAGAGUGUCAACAAGUUAUACCAGGACGAGAAGGCAGCUUUGGUGAAUAAUAUCACUUCCAAUGAGAGGCUCAUCAAAACCCUUCAAGACCAGUUAAAAACCCUGCAGAAGAAUUAUGGCAAGCUGCAGCAGGAUGUCCUCCAGUUUCAGAAGAACCAGACCAACCUGGAGAGAAAGUUCUCCUAUGACCUGAGCCAGUGCAUCAACCAAAUGAAAGAGGUGAAGGAGCAGUGUGAAGAGCGAAUAGAAGAAGUCACCAGAAAAAGUAUAGCUUCCAGAGAACUGAAUGAAAAAAAAGAUCAGCAGGUGCCCAGUGAAACUCUACCCCAGCUGCAGGAAGCAGGCCCAGCCGAGGGAGAGAUGCCUCCAGCCAAGGGAAAGGUGCUUGGCAAUGGGGAGCUCCAGACACCAGCCCCCAGCUCUGAGGUGGCCAUGGGUUUGAAGAGAACAGGCAUGGAGGAAACCAACGAGAUUCAGGUCAUCAGCAAGGAGGAAACCCCGAGGGACAACCUGGGACUGCCACCAGUGCCGGGUCAGGGGCAAGCUGAGACAGAAGAGAAACAGGUGGAUAGACAGGGCACUGGAGAAGCUGGGGAACCCAGCCAGACCCCACAGGUGCCAGGCACCCUGUUGGCAAGCCAGAAGGAUGAGGAGAUGGAGGACCCUGAGCGGGACCAGCUGAUCAUCCGCGAUGGAAGAGAGGAGCCAGAAACUGACGAGGAGGGGAGAAACCAGAAAAAAGUGGGAGAAGACGACUAUAACAUGGAUGAAAACGAGGCUGAGUCUGAAACAGACAAGCAGGCAGCCCUUGCAUGGAAUGAUAAAAGCUUGAACGUUCUUGGUGCUGAAAAUCAGGAAAGAAACAUAAAUUUACUUGACCAGCACGAAAAGAGGAAUCAUACAAUCUGAACCAGACUGGAAAACGCCUACUUCGUGUUACGAUUCAAGAUCAGUACAAUAUGCUCAUGAGGGAUUUAAUACUGUGAAAUGUACUAAAUGAAGUAUGUAUCUAAGGAUAAUUAUUGUGGAAUUGUAGUAUAUAUACUUUAUGUAGGAAAAUGAGACUGUCUUUUUGACAGUGUUCUUUUUAGUGGGUACCUCUGAAGUGUCGAUAUCAUGUCAAAAUUUCUUGGCUAAUAUGGUUUCAUGAUGAGAAGAUCCAGACCAAAAAUAGGACAUAUGUAUUUCAAGUAUGGUGACAAUACUUGUUCUGGGAUUUAACUUUAUUUGAAAAAUAAAAGCCUGUAGAAAGCCUCA